UAGCGCAGAUAUUUCAUGUGUUAUACGUCGUGUCCGGUGGAGGUCACAGACAUCUGCAAGAAACCGUGGUUGCUGUCAUGGCCAAGCUGUUCGAGUCUAUUGGGAAGUUGGGGCUGGCCCUCGCCAUCGGUGGAGGUGUUGUGAACUCUGCUCUGUUCAAUGUUGAUGCAGGGCACCGGGCUGUGAUAUUUGACAGGUUCAGAGGAGUGCAAGAUGCUGUUGUUGGUGAAGGGACCCACUUCCUCAUUCCCUGGGUUCAGAAACCUAUCAUCUUUGAUUGCCGUUCCCGUCCACGCAACGUGCCUGUCAUCACAGGCAGCAAAGAUCUGCAGAAUGUAAACAUCACGUUGCGUAUCCUCUUCCGGCCGGUGACCGGCCAGCUGCCUCGCAUUUUCACCAGUAUUGGUGAGGACUAUGAUGAGAGGGUGCUACCAUCUAUCACCACAGAGGUCUUGAAGGCUGUAGUGGCUCGGUUUGAUGCUGGUGAGCUCAUCACCCAGAGAGAGCUUGUGUCUCGGCAGGUCAGUGAGGACCUUACAGAAAGAGCCUCCACCUUCGGCCUCAUCUUGGAUGACGUUUCGCUGACACACUUGACCUUCGGCAAGGAGUUCACAGAGGCUGUUGAGAUGAAACAAGUGGCCCAGCAGGAGGCUGAGAGGGCCCGUUUUGUUGUAGAGAAGGCAGAGCAACAGAAGCAGGCUGCCAUCAUCUCAGCAGAGGGAGACUCUCAAGCUGCCUUGCUCAUUGCCAACUCCCUAAUGGAGGCUGGCGAUGGUCUGGUGGAGCUGCGUAAGCUGGAGGCAGCCGAGGACAUCGCUUUCCAGCUCUCACGCUCCCGCAACGUCACUUACCUACCCUCAGGACAGGGCACACUGCUGCAGUUACCCCAGUGAUGACAUCUCACCCCAUGUCCACCUCUUGCUGUCUCCACCCAUUACACGGGGCCGCGGAAGGGGUGGUUGAAGGAUUCAGUAAAGGACUCUCCCAACUUCACACACACAUUCCUCCCACUCUUUCUCUGACCAACUCUGGACUGGGCUCUGCUGAUAGUAGCAUGGUUGGAGACAAAGUGAGAGGUCUGAGAUGGAUACAUUUAUGAAGUCCACCCAUGUGUAAAGACGUGGAGAGGGGUUGAUCGCUCCAUAUGUGGUAACCUAUACAUAUAGUACUUUGUUUUUGAGAAGAAUUGACAAUGCAGUAAAUUCUCUAAAGAUUUGUCUUUGCUAAGUUGUUUCAGAUCCUGAGCACUUCAUGUGUGCAAAGAUACAGAGUGAUUCCUUCAAGAGUUAAUAUGAAUAAUUGUGAAUGAUAGAUGCUAAUACUCUGUUAUUGUUGUGUUGGAAAGUUUCAUCAAAUUGUGUCACUAUAUUCAAAUCUGUAAAAAAAAAAGCCUCUACUUUGGAUUCACACUAUAAGACACAACUGACGAGAGAUGGUUUAUGCAUUUGAAUUAAAUUCUCUGUGUGUUCUGACUUGAUAGAUGGAUAAAAAAUUCUGAAAUACAACUGCUUUCUAGCAAAUUGUCUUCAUAAAUGAUAUUGCCACCCCUGGUCAAUUGGAACGUGCCUGUCAGAAAGUAGAUGAUGAUCCCUCAUUCUCUACUGUCAUCGCUGUGUCUUUAGUUUGUGUGGAGACAGUAUAAGCCCCGUUUUUCAGAAAUGGCUCAACUUAACAAUAAAAUUGUCUUUCUACC